GUAGGUUGUGUGUAUGUGAAUUUAGUCUUUACUUUUGUUAUUUAUCUACGCCGCUUUAUUAAAACUAGUGUUCGAUUUGAAUAGAUUGUUGUUAACGGGUGUUAGUUUCUAGUUUUUAGUGCUUCAAAUUGUGGUUGUUUUUAAAGAAGAAAAUGGGCAAUAUUCAUACUGUGGGUCCCAACGAAGCGUUAAUAGUCUCAGGUACAUAUUCUUUGAUGGGGCUUUUGUAAGUGAUGAUGUCAGAAAUAACAAAUAUAAUUUUUUGACCGUGUUAAAAAACAGUUAGUUACUAUGUUUGACGCGUGUUUGUUUUUGUAUGUUCACCGUUUUCUCGAAAAGGUUGAACCGGUUUUAAUGAUUUUUCUUUAAUUAAAUUUGUAAAAAAAAAUCACUCGUAAGGCUGGAAAAUAGGGAAGUUUUUAAUAUUUAGACGACAUUGUAGUUGUUUCCUUUAACUUCUGAUAUUACUUAUCUACUUAAAACAGUUCUGUACAUUUGUUCUUUUGCAUUUCAUAAUAUGUAAACUGUCUCCGCCUCGUCGAUACGUUAGACUUUUCUAGUAUGAUCAAGUCAUACAAAGAAUUGUUGUCGUAUUUUCUGGUAAAUUAUACGAUUAUUUGAAAUUUUAAGUGCUUAGAAUUUAGAAAAGCUUUAGCUAAGAAUGAAAAGAUGAACUGGCACUUCAAACAUUUUUGCCACCAAGCAACAUGCAUGUUCCAGUUUGAAGGGUAGAGAGAGUCAGUAAAAUAACAAGCACAUAAGGGUGAAAACGUAUAUAUGUUGUUUGAAAAAAAAUAUUAAAGUUUAAUGUACAUAAUAAGUUGGUGGGUUUGAUUUAAUUUAAAGAUUUUUCCUCUUUUUAGAGCAUUUACUUAAAUAAAAGCUUGUUUUUAAACAUAUGUUACUACUAUAAUUUAUUUUUUAUUUUUUAGUUAUCGCUACUGACAUGUCUCUAAAUACUGACAUGUCUUUGCCGUGUAGUGGCGGUUAAUAAUAUCCACUAGCCCAUAUCUGCCCGUGGGUGUCGUAAAAGGCGACAAAGGGAAACAGGCAGGAGAUGGGCAGCAGCAUCUUCCUGAUAACUAAAAAAAAACUGCGGUUGCCAACCCGCUCGCCAAGCGUGGCAACUAUGGCAAAUGCCCCCCUAUGAUGAGAGUAACAAAGAAACGGCCCCCAGUCCCCUGCGGCCCCGCUAUUCCUGGCUACGGUGGUGACCAUGUUAACGGCGGGGUAGGGGGUGCUAAAAAUCUCCGGUGGAGAUUCGGUUGCCACCUAAGACGACAACGCACGCACCCUGAGGACUGACGAGAAGAUCGUGGAGCUGGAAGAAGAGAUAGACAAGUUACGCUGGCAUAUUAUAGGAUUAUCCGAAGUCCGAAGAGAGGGGGAGGACACGGUAAUCCUCGAAUCCGGCAACUUGCUCUAUCACCGGGAGGGCGACCAUCUGUCCCAAGGAGGUGUCGGAUUUAUCGUCCACAAGUCUCUCGUUAACAACGUUGUAAAGAUUGAGCGUGUGUCGACGAGGGUUGCGUACCUUAUACUCAGAAUCACCAAACGGUAUUCGCUGAAGGUCAUACAGGUUUACGCACCAACCUCGGUACACCCCGAUGAGGAGGUGGAGGAAAUGUAUGAGGAUAUCUCUUGAGCCGUGAAUUCCUCCAAAACCCAAUAUACGGUGUUAAUGGGAGACAUCAAUGCAAAACGAGGCACAAGAGAACGGUGAGCUGAAAGUAGGGAAAUUUGGAAUAGGGCAACGGAACCCAAGAGGCCAGCAGCUGGCCGACUUCAUGGAGAAAGAGGGACUAUGAUGAACUCUUUCUUCCAGACGCGGCCCCACAGGAAGUAGACCUGGUCGAGCCCCGACGGUUCCACAAAAAAUGAGAUCGACUUCAUUAUGACGACAAGACGACAACUGUUCAGUGAUGUCUCCGUGAUCGCGAGGGUGAAAACUGGUAGCGAUCACCGAAUGGUUAGAGGCACACUGAACCUAAACGUUAAGUUGGAGAGGUGCCUAGAAGAUUGCAAUGAAGUGGACGAUAUGAAUGACAAGCUCGUGGAAACUGUCCAUGCGGUCGGAGCUAAGUUCUGCAAGACCCGCCGCAGAAGAACACAAAAAGUCUCCGAUCACACUCCCAAUCUCGUGGCUGUUAGACGGGAGAUGAAGGUACAUUCUUCAACAGAUUUGACAGCAUACAGGCAACUGAACAGACAGAUCUCCAAAUGCAUGCAGCGGGACUUACGCAAUUUCAAUACAGCUUGUAUUGAAGAAACGAUCGAGCGGAACCAAGGCUCCAAAGUCUUUGCCAGAGAUCUGUCUGCCAGAAAGAGCCAACUGUCGAAGCUGAAGACCGAGUGUGGCAGCAUCGUUUCCGGGGCACCUAAGAUUUUGAGUGAAAUUGAGAGAUUCUAUGGGCAGCUGUACACAUCAUCGUUGGAGCCAUACACAAGUGUGAGUAACGAUCCAAGAGCGAGUCUUAUCCGACACUAUUCCGAAGAUAUCCCGGAUGUCAGUUUGAGCGAGAUUAGAAUGGCCCUCCAGCAGCUUAAAAACGGCAAGGCCCCAGGCGAGGAUGGAAUUACGCGGAGCUUCUGAAAGCGGGUGGAAGACCGGUACUUGAAGUCCUUCAGAAGCUUUUCAAUUCCGUCCUCCAUGGUGGCAUUACACCGGAGGCGUGGAGCAGAAGUGCGGUGGUCUUGUUGUUCAAGAAAGGUGACAACGUUCUCUUGAAGAACUACAGACCGAUUUCCCUUCUGAGCCGUCUACGUGCUAUUUUCUAGAGUCAUUAUUCGUAUUAUAUCGUCUCGCGCGCAGACUUGACGACUUCCAGCCUCCCGAACAAACCGGUUUCCGAAAGGGCGUUAGCACCAUAGACCACAUACAUACCCUUCGGCAAAUUGUACAGAAGUCCGAAGAGUACAAUUUGCCACUAUGUCUGGCAUAUGUGGACUAUGAGAAAGCCUUUCCGUCGAAAUUUGGGAAGGUACUGCAGUCCCUUCAGUGGUGCCAAGUUGUCGGUAUAUCGAAGUGCUGAAGUGUUUGUACAGUAGAGCUACGAUGGCUAUCCGAGUACAGAACCAGAGUACGAAACCUAUCCAAUUGCAGAGAGGUGUAAGACAGGGUGAUGUUAUAUCCCCGAAACUCUUCACCGCUGCAUUGGAAGACAUUUUCAAGUUUCUGGACUGGAAAGGAUACGGUAUUAACAUCAAUGGCGAGUACAUCACUCACCUUCGAUUUGCCGACGAUAUAGUCCUUAUGGCAGAAUCGCUGGAGGACCUAAGCACCAUACUCAAUGACCUCAAUAGUGUCUCCCAAUGAAUAGGUCUUAGGAUGAACAUGGACAAAACAAAGAUCAUGUUUAAUGUCCAUGUUACACCUAUGCCGGUAGUUUUUGGGAGUACUAAGCUCGAAGUUGUUGACGAGUAUGUGUACCUGGGACAAAUAGUCCGAGUAGCUAAGUCCAAUUUCGACCGAGAGGUCAAUCGACGGAUUCAACUCGGCUGGGCAGCGUUCGGGAAACUACGACACAUCUUCUCGUCAGACAUACCUCAAAAACUUAAAACGAAAUUGUACAACCAGUGCGUGUUGCCAGUGAUGACCUACGGAUCUGAGACGUGGUCCUUCACUGCAGGCCGUAUGAGGAAGCUCAAGGUCGCUCAGCGAGCUAUGGAGAGGGCUAUGCUCGGGGUUUUUCUGCGUGAUAAACUUAGAAAUGAGUAUAUUCGCAGUAGAACCUGAGUAACCGACAUAGCCCAACGAAUUAGUAAGCUGAAGUGGCAGUGGGCCGGCCAUAUAGCUCGAAGAACCGACAACCGAUGGGGAAGAAAGGUUCUUGAGUGGCAGCCUCGUACCGGUAGGUGAAGUGAUUACGGUAUUUUUGGGUGUGUACCAUAUUUGAUUUAGAAUGAUGUCAUUCUAUUUUCGCAUUCUUCUCACGAAACCCUUUCAUUUGAUACCAAUAUCAUGGGAGCAUUUAGAAAAUUACAAUUCCGUCAUCUAGGGCGGUCCGCCAUAUUUGAUUUAGGAUGUCGUCACUUAGCUAACCAUGCAUAGUCACUUAGCUAACCAUCCAAACCAAAAUAUGUAUGCGAAAUUUAGCUUUAUUUUUAAUAACUGCUUUAAAAUUCAUUUGCAUGAGUUGGUCCUAACAAACAUAAAAACAUUGUAAGUUGAUCAUAAGCUUUUAAAAAUGUUUUGUAAAAAUCGAAUCGGUCAAUUUUGAAUAGAAAUAUUUUGACUUUUAAUUAAUAGUAGAAAACAUUUAAAUGCUAAAGGUAAAUCUCGCGACAAGCUUUUAUAUCACAUAAAUUGUGUAAUGUAAUAAAUUGAUGGGUUUGAUUUAAUUUCUUCUUUUUAGAGCAUUUAAAUAAAAGUUUGUUUUUAAAAAUAUUUUCUUACUAUUAAUUUAUUUUUCAUUUUUCAGUUAUCGCUGGACAUGUCUCUAAGUCUGUUCAUUUAAUUUAAUGCGUCAUUGUUGGUUUUUGAUCGCCAUCUUAGAUCCGCUAUCUUGAAUUUUUAUCGCCGGCAGUUGAUGCUUGUCUGUCCUCCAUUUGUUUGAGCACCACCAAACUAUCACUAACCCUUGCCAAGUUAUAAAUCUUUAAAAUUGGUAUGGCGGCAACUUGUUUUGCGCCAUUUUGAUUUUUUUUACCACCGCUAGUAUUUGCCCAAGGUGUAGAUCGAUAUUCGUUAAGACACGACCUCGCUUAGUCUUACCGUUUAGCCGUGCAUUAGUACACCAUCUCCUAAAAGAGCUGAACGCAGUCGCCAUUUUAUUCGUAUUCGUUUCAGCGAAACAAAUAAAAAAACAAACGAAUACGACCAAUACGACUUAGGGACCUUCAAGAAAAGAGCCUACUCCUUUUUAAAAGGCCGGCAACGCAUCUGCAAUUCCCCUGCACGGCUAGCAUGGGCUGGGGACAAAAAUUUUAUCACCAGAUUAUAUCCACUGAGAAGAGAUAAAAUUAUCUUGCCCCUAUGCCAAAGCACGGCAACGGGGGAAGUAUAUCCCCGUUUGAAAUAACGAGUAGACAUAAUAUAUCCCCCGUCCGUAGCAUGGAGCCAAAUAAAAGAUAAAAAAUUAUGCUUUUUGACAUUUGAAAGGGACAAUUCUAUCCUAGUUCAUUGGAUGUGGGUUUAAGUUUACUGCCCAUGCUCGAAGGAUGGAUAAAUGAGGUGAUAAACAUUUUCUCCCCGGGGAUAAAAUUGUCUCCUUCCCAUGCUAGCCCUGCUGGUGUUGUAGUUGUUCAUGGGCGGCGGUAUUCACUUACCAUCAGGAGAGCCGCAUGCUCGUUUGCCCCCUCUCCUAUAACAUAGUCCGCCAUCUUUGGGAGUCCACUAUGUCGAUUUAGAGUGAUGUCAUUUAAUUUUCGUAUUCUUACCAUCAAACGCUUUCUUAUAAUACCCAUAUUAUAAGAUGUAUAUGUAUAUGUAGUGUAUGAAAAAUAAGUGUGGAUUGGAGCCACUAAGUUUUUGAUCACCAACUUAGAUCCGCUAUACCUUAGCUUGCCCUUUUCUAACGAUUUAUACAUACCAGCCAUAAUUGCCGUCUGCAGCAAUCCUGUCCCAGUCUUCGGGUAAUCCACGGGAGUAGAUCAUGUAGUUGACUACACUAGUGCCACCGACGGCCUUACCCCUUGGCCAAUAACACCUUUCAUUUUUCAUGCCUGAAAAAUGAAAGGAUGUGCUUGAUUUAGUUACAUUCUACUAAAGAGUAAAAUAGUUUUUUCGCGCGGCUUUGCCGUCGCGUUAAUUUCCUAUUACCAACAACAUUAUUAGUGCUCCAUACCAGUAUUCGGUAUCAGCCCAAUGUCUGUCAUUAUGCAUUUAUAAUAUUAUGUUCACUUCGUAAUUUUUUUACAGUGUAAAUAUAAAAUUUAUUAGCCGGAUCCACACCAGACAAUCCAAAGCGCUCCGAGGCGCGCGCGGCAUGGAGCGCGCUCCACGGAGCGUGAAGUGUAGACGUGCCGCGCGCGAUCCAUGUGCGUGGCGGAGAGCGCGCGCUCCUCGACGCGUGCGAUCUAUUUGUUGUCGGUUUUUUGGUCACGCACAAAGGGGCCUCAGUCGCUUGGCGCGCGCGGUCUGGACGGUUGUGAGAAUCGCGUGAUCCGCCGUUAUGGAUAAUUCGCAAUGUAUCCGUUUUAUUUCCCUAUAUAGAGAGAAUAAAUGUUUAUGGGAUCCUAAUGAUACCAAUUACACAAAUAGAGGUGUAAGAGAAGAUGCCUGGCGGAAAAUUAGUCGGCAAAUGAACAAUAUUCCAAUAACAGAACUAAAGAAAAAAAUGAAGUCUUUGUCGGGUGGCUACAGAAGAGAACGAUUCAGAGAAAAACAGAGUCGUAUUACCGGAUCAGGUGCUGAAGAUACUUACAAAUCAAAAUGGUUUGCUUACGAUGAGUUUGCUUUCAUGGCGGAUAAGAAUGACCCCGGGACAACAAGGGAUACACUCCAACAGGAAGAAAGUAAUAGCACCACUGGUAGCGGAGAACAUGCUAUCAAUGAAAAUGCUCAAGAAAACGUAGACAAUCACACAACUGAGAAUGUUAAUAAUCAAAUGCAAGAUAUGAAUGAUCAGAGUAUACCAACUGAACCUUCUGUACCAUCUGAACAACCUGCUGCCCAAUCUAAUGUGCAAAACACCCAACACAAUGUUCAAACCGAAAAAAGGAAUCAAAAUAAAAGAAGAAAAAAAAAAACAUCUUCACAUGGUUCCGAAGAUAUUAUGAUAACAGAUGAAUCCAUUUCGGAAGCAUUUCAACUACUUCAUCAAUGUGCUCAAUCACAACAACUAGAGACAGAUUCGUAUACCCCUUUUAGACAAUACAUAGCUACCGAACUACGAAAAUAUGAUCAUAUAACAUUAACUUGUCUAAAACAUGCCAUAUCUCAAAUUAUUUUUGAAGCUGACACAGGCAGAUACAGACCAGAAAAUUAUGGAUAUUACUCUCCAACUUCAUCAUAUACAGAACGACCUUCAGAAUCAACAACAACUUAGCUUCCAUCAACUUCAUUGCAUACAGAACGACCUUCAGAAUCAACAACAACUCAGCUUCCAUCAACUUCAUUGCAUACAGAACGACCUUCAGAAUCAACAAUGACUCCACUUCCAUCAACAUCUUCUACUACUUCGACAACUUGGCAGCCUUCUCCGUCACCACAAUCACCACCAAUUUAAUUAACAUAUGUAACUUUUAUAUAUUCUUAAGUAUAAGCUAAGUUUGAAAUAAAGAGUUUAAUCUUUU